AUGUCAGCCUCAGGAAAUAAACGGACUCUGAUUGGCCCCUUGGAGUCACGUGGCGAUUUCCCAAGCGGAGUUUCCACGACAGCUGGAAGACGAGCGGGUAAAAGGCGCAUCGCUUCUUUCCUGAAAUAAUCGGAAAAUAACACGACUUCUGCUCGUCCCAGCUCCUCCAGAUAAACCCUGGUCUGGCAUGGGCGACAAGCGGAGCCCCACAAGGCCGAAGCGUCAACCGAAGCCCUCCUCCGACGAGGGGUUUUGGGACUGCAGCGUGUGCACCUACAAGAACACGGCAGAGGCUUUUAAGUGCAUGAUGUGUGAUGUGAGGAAGGGGACGUCAACAAGGAAGCCUCGUCCCGUCUCCCAGCUCGUCUCCCAGCAGCAAGUAACGCAGCAGUUUGUUUUGCCAUCACAGCCCAAAAAGGAAAAGAAGGAGAGGGUCGAGAGGGACAAGAGUGAAAGAGAGCCAGCACCCAAGAAGAACAUCCACAAGAAGAUGAGGCCAAGAUUAAAAAAUAUUGACCGGAGCAGCGCCCAGCAUCUGGAGGUGACAGUUGGAGACCUCACGGUCAUCAUAACAGACUUUAAGGAGAAGGCCAAGCCCUCGUCCACAUCCACUCCUUCCUCCAGCUCUGCCUCAUCGGCCGACCAUCACAGCCAAAACGGCUCCGGCUCAGAAAACACGGAAAAGAGCCUCUCCCACUCUUCCCUAUCCCGAGGAGAGGGAAGCUCAGUAAACGGGGAGUCCCUCUGAUUCCCCUCUCCCCCCCAACACCUCACAGGAAACCUGCGUCUCCAGGGCCCUCUCCAUUGUCACUAGUGGAAAAACUUUUUGGGGCAAGGGGCGAUGUUUUGAAAAUUCUGCUUUUGAAAGGUAAGAUUUGUUGUUCAGCCACCCAAAAGAUUCUCCACAACAUUAUGAAGACAUGUUCUGCUGCACCGACUAAAGUCUGCUGCUAGAAUAUGGACUUCCAAAAAGUUUGGUCCUAAUGAGGAACUUCUUAUUAAAACUUGGGACAAACUUUGGACAGAGCACUCGAUCACCUUGAGUUGAGAUUUAAAGUUUCCUGUAAGAACUGCACAGUCCUACUGUUAUCAACAUGGUCAGCAGCUUCUUCUAUCCCUACUUGGAGAUUUCCAGUUUAAAAACUUAAAGCAUGACCUUUCUCUGUCUCACCAGCGACUCUCGAACCCUACAGCAAACCUUUACAGCUGACCUGGAAGCUUCUUUCUACCACUAGAGCUUAUUGCAAAAUUUCUACAGGAGAUUUGGUAAUGAAAGCACGACUAAACAUAUUAAAGUCACACUGAUCUGAAAGGUAAAACCUGGAGUUGAACGAUGUUGCAAACAAUCUGCUUUUUUCCUCUCUACAGAGAGAGAAAGUUAAUACAAGGUGUUGUGCGGUGGAAUAAAAUAUUAACCAAGGACUCCCUUCACUAGACACAUAAAGACAUAACGUACAUUUGUACUUUUAAUCUCAGAGUAGAAACAUUCCAUCAGGAUGCCUGUUAUGCUGCCACUUUUGUUUUUUUUGGGGUUUUUUUUUAAACGUUGCUAUAGUUCCAGUAAGAAGUCAACAUCCACUCACAAUCGUAAAAGUCACAUUCAUUUUGGGCUUUGUGAUUAGAAUACAAAUAGAGGUUUUAAGCCUGUAUAACUUUUGAUUUUAGGAGAAGUUGAAGUAUUUAGAGAUAGUCUUUUUGUGCCAGUCCCACUCACAGCAAAACAUAUACGGAGCCUCAACAUGAUGCUUCCCCCACCUUUCUUGACAAUUUGUACUGUAUUUUUGCUCCAAACUUACUUCUUGUCAUUGUGACUAAAAUGUUUCUUAUUUCUCCAUGACUAUAAAUCUAUCCCAAACACACAUCAAACCUCGUUUUGGAAAGGUUACCUCGACAUUUCUGAAUGGUAACCCCUCUACCUUAGUAAACAUAUCUAGAUUAACAUUGAACCUCUACAAUUCACACUUGGCCUGGGAUGAGUGGAUGUAGACUUCUUACUGUGGAGCCGGCAUAAAUCAUGCGUCAUAGCGAAGGCAUUCCCUGAUGUCAGCCUCUUUCAGUGUCAUGACGGUCUUUGUGAAUCUUCUGGGGAAUGUGACGAGUGGUCGAGGUGCCGACUCGGCCUCUAAUUCCACUCGUUUUUGGCCAGCUGCAUCCACCUUGAUGCACUACAAUAGUCUAAAACUUUGUCCGUGCUAUUUCCCAUCCCCCUCAACCUUUUCUCUACAAAAGCUAAAUAAACUAUUAACAUUCAUAAUGAUACACCAGGGAUCCUACUUGUCAAAUUCCCUCAGAUGGAGAUUUAUAUUUGUAGACAUAUUCUAAAGGCUGGAGAUGUGCAAAUAUGCAACAUUUUUGUGCUUUUCUUGAACUGGAGCUCGUUUCAAACCAGGGUUACUGUUAAAAGUCGCUGAUUGCACAAGAAGAGGAAGAUAUCUCAGCUAAGUAUAAAAGGUGGCAAAGUGACUGAAACCGAAAAGGACUCUGGUAUGCUUCUUGCAACCUGCGUGAUCUGCAGAGAGGGCUCAAGUCCUUGAGAGAAAGCACAAGAAGCCAAUUUUUACCACUCAACGCAAGAUGCGGGUGAAAAAUAAGGGUGGGCUUCUCGACAUGAACUUUGACAAAGCGAGGACUUGAGAAACUGAGAAGCUUUCGAAGACAAUAAUCUCCAGCAGAACCACCACAGAUGAACUCCACCGUAACCUCUAUAAGAACUGUAAAAUAGUUGAACAGAGAAAAUAGCUUUCUAUAAUAUUCUACUACAAUGUUUGGAUGUGGUUAUAUUCAUCAUAUCAGUGUUGUCAAGAUUUUUACAUUUUAGCUCACAGCCAGAGAAGUGUCACAGCAUGAUAUUAUUAAAGUCUUGAUAUAUUGUGGAAAAGGCGGCGUCUCUUAGUUGUUAGGACUGUUUCAUGUGUCCAUUGCAUUCACCACUCUAGCUGGGACUAGGUGUGUGAACUCAAAGGUUCAUUCGUGGCAAAAAUGGAAAGAAAUUGCAACUUUAUCACAUAUUGGUAGUUUUUUUAAAAUUAUUAUUAUUAUUGUCAUUCGUCAUGCUUUACCAUGCUCCUUUGUUAAAUCUGUGUUGUUUAUUAUGUGUCUAAAUAAGAAACUUACCAAAUUAAAAACAAGAAAAACUC